AUGUCCAGCAAGGGAUUCGCCGCAUAUGCGUGUUUAGUUUUUGUGUGUUGUUGCAGCAAUGCGUUGCCGACGAGGUCCAACCCAGAGGCUGCAAACCAGAGACCAGUCAUCGGUGUUUUGACUCAGAUGGUUGUAGAUGAAGUCAUGAAGCCAUUUGGGAAGACCUACAUACCCUCCGCCUAUGUUAAGUACAUUGAGUCAGGUGGAAGCAGAGUGCUGCCAAUCCGAUUGACUCACACCACUGCAGAGUAUGAAAAAAUCUUCCGGUCAAUAAAUGGCCUGCUCUUCAUCGGGGGAUCCGUCGAUUUAGAGAAGUCAGACUACGCCAGGGUGGCAAAGAUCUUUUACAAGCUCGCCGUCACGGCCAACAAUGCAGGGGACUUCUUCCCCAUCUGGGGCACAUGCAUGGGCAUGCAGAUCCUGACUGUCCUGGUGGCUGGUGAAAGUCUGAUGACAAACACCACAGCUGAGAACAUCUCUCUGCCCCUCAACCUGACUGAAGAGGCUUAUUCUAGCAGGAUGUUUCAGGAUUUUCCCACUGAGGUCAUGAGGGCCUUGACCCAAGAGCCUCUGACUGCCAAUUUUCACAACUAUGGAGUCUUAGUAAAGACUUUUCAGGAAAAUGAGAAGCUGCAAAAAUUCUUCUCCAUUUUGUCGACAAACAUCGCUGAGAACGGAGCCCAUUUUGUCUCAACCAUAGAAGGUAAGAAGUAUCCCUUCUAUGGAGUGCAGUGGCACCCUGAGGUGAAUCGCUUCCAGUGGGAUAGCAAUCAUAAUUUUCCUCACUCCACAAAUGCCAUCAAAGUGUCCUCUCUCCUCGCUGAGUUUUUUGUUAAUGAAGGCAGAAGAAGUUUACAUGAUUUUGACAAGGCUGAGGGAGCCGCCUCAUCGCUCAUCUACAGCUACACGCCUGUCUUCGCUGGAAACUUCACAGGAUAUGAGCAAAUCUACUUCUUCUGACAUGCUCAAGUUUGUGACCACUUCGCUUGCAUGCAUGUGCAACCGCACUUCAGCCCAUAACAGCACAUCUGCUGGUUUUAAUCACAGACCUCCAAACAAAGGCUGAUUUCAACCAUGUGUGCUGACUCACUGUGCAUUUUUCUGACGUUAUAUCAACAAAAAAAAACUUGAUUUCUGCAUUGCCACUCUCCCAGA